AUGUUGAUGUCUUUCUCGAAAAGUGAUGUUCCGGACGUCUACGUUGUCACAGGCAGCAACACUGGUAUGGGUAAGCUGGUAGCAUCCCUCCUGUACUCGAAGAAUGCGCGGGUCUACGUCGCCGCCCGGUCCGAGGAGCGCGCCAACAAGGCCAUCGACGACAUAAAGAAAGCCUACCCAUCCUCCAAAGGCUCCCUAGCCUUCAUGAAACUCGGCCUGUCCGACCUAAGUUUAGUCAAGGCCUCGGCCAACUUCUUCCUCUCCCGCGAGUCCAAACUCAACGGCCUGUUCAACAAUGCUGGAGCCAUGUACGUCGACACCAAGGGCCCGCAAGACACAGUCCAAGGCUUUGAAAUGAACCUCGGUGUCAAUGUCAUCGGUCCGUUCCUCCUCACCAAGGUUCUGAUGCCCGCUCUCGCUGCCGCGGUCCCUUCCGAGCCCGAAGGCUCCGUCCGCGUGGUGUGGCUUUGCUCCCUCGGCACCGAGUUGAUAGGCGAGAGAUCGCGGGGCAUGACGGCCAACCGAGACAUGGCGGCCUACAAGAGAUACUCCCACAUGGAUCGGUAUGCGCUGAGCAAAGCUGCCAACUGGCUCCACGCGGCCGAGUACGCGCGCCGAAUUCGAAGCGCUGGCGUCGUCAGCGUCCCUCUGAACCCCGGAAACAACAGCACGGAGCUCGCGCGCCAGCACCCUGCCCUGGUCCAAUUCUUCCUGCGCCGUAUCGUGUACCCGCCUGUAUACGGAGCGUAUACGCAGCUCUAUGCUGCAUUCUCGAAGGAUAUCGGCUUGGCCAACAGCGGGAUAUGGGUUGCUCCGUUCGGCCGGCUCCUCCCGAUCCGUGGAGAUUUGCUCGAUGCUACAAAGUCAAAGGCAGAAGGCGGGAAUGGACACGCAGCGGAGUUCUGGGAUUGGACAGAGGAGCAGGUCAAGGCAUUCAACUGA